AUGUAAGGUCUGAAGUUAAAGUAGUAGAUUGGAUUGAUCUUAAGAAAAGACUUUGAUGCUAUGCCUUUAAUCAAAUAAUUGAUGGACGAAUCCUUGAAUUAGCCUCUGUUACUUUUAAAUGACGAAGAAUAAAUGUGGACUUAAAUCUAGAGGGCAAUCGAAACUCUCAAUCAGAAGAGCCUGAAAAAGUUAAAGUAAAUAGAAGAGAGAGCAGCCAAAAUAGCAGGUCAAGUCGUAGAGGAGUAGGAGGAGGAUGUUUAGACUGAAGAACAGGAAUAAUAGUCCGAGAAGGACGAGGAUGCGGGAGAGGAAGACGAGCAAUAAGAGGGUGAGGAAGAGGAAGUGAAUGAGGAGGAAGAAGAACAUCAAGAGAUGGAGUAGGAAUUUGAUGAGGAGGGUGGAAACUUUAGAUUUGAGAAAAAGUAAAAAUAAAAGGAUGAUUUUGAUGAGUUUGAAAAAUACAUGCAAGAUUAUGAUGAUGGCAAGAUGGGUAAAAUAGAUUUGGAUGAUGAAUAAGAGGAGGAAGAAGAGGAAGAUGAAGAAUUUGAAGAAAAUGAAGAAAAUGAAGAAGGAAAUGAGGAACCAGAGAACGAGGGUGAGGACUCUGUAUUUGAUGAUAUGAGAGAGGAGGAGUUAGAAUAAGAUAACAAUGUGGUUGAAGCAGAAGAAGGAGAAGUGGGAGAAGAGGAUGACGAAAUCAAGAAUUUAGAAGAACAGAGGUUGAAGAAAAAGGAUUGGCAAUUUGUGGGUGAAGUGCACGCCAGAUAAAGACCAUUGAAUUCGUUGAUUGAAUAGGAUUUGGAUUUCGAUGUGAAUAGAAAGGUUUUAGAGGAAACAACUCCAGAGCAGUAAAAUAAGUUGAUAGAAAUGAUAAAAAAGAGAGUACAAGAUGAAUUGUUUGAUGAUAGACAGAAAGUGUAGAUCAAUUUGCAUUCUCUUGAGAAACCAGUGGAUUAGGUGGACACAAAUAAGUCACAGUUUGGAUUAGCUGAAUUAUACGAAAGACAAUUUAAGCAGGCUUUGGGAUUGCCAACAAACACGAGCGAGUAGAAAUUGAAACAAGAGUUGUUCGAAUAGUUUAGAGACUUAUGUUACAAAUUGGAUUCGUUGACUAAUUUGAACUUCGAGCCAAGAGGAUAUGUGAAGCAAGCAGAAGUGCAGGUGUUGGAUAACAACGUGGUUUAGAGAGAGGAGAAGGUGCCAAUAACAGCUAGGGGCGAAUAGAUGGAGGAUGUGGAGAAGAUUAAGAAGGCUGGGUUUUUGUCUAAGGAAGAGGCCGAUCAUCAAUUGAAUAAGAAGGGUAGGAGAAUGGCCAAAUAGAGAAAGCGAAAUAGGGAGCGAGAAAGGAAGAGAAGUGGGUUAGUUAAGAAAUUGGAGAGUAGAGGUGAGACUAAGUUCAUGUACAAUCAACAUCAACAAGGGAAGAAGCAGAUGAGUUUCAUUAAGCAACAAAAAAAUAAGGAGAGUGUUAAAUUUGAUAAGACGAGCACUUUCUUUAAGAAUUUGUAGGAGAGUGGAGUAAAUAAGUAAGGGGGAGACGCUAAGAAUAGGAAGGGUGGAGAUAGGCCAAGUGGGGACAUUAAAAGUAAGUCUAAAUAAAUAAAAAAGCAAUGA